CGCACACAACCACAACCUUGCUUCCGCAAUGCCUCGGUCGUGCGUAGCGCUUGGCGUGGCCAUGACGGCUGCCGCUUCGGUGGGGUCGGUCUCUGCAUUCACCGCGCCGCUUUCGAGUCAGCUGUCGCACCGUCAUCACCAGCAGGAGAGCUCGCUGCGCAUGAUGAGCUCAGAAGGGGGAAAGGCAGCUGCUGCUGCUCAAGGAGACGGGCCCGUAAGCCGCCGGCAGUGCCUCGCUUCCGCCAUGUCGGCGGCCGGACUCGUGGCCGGGGCGGCGGCGGCGGGGGCGCGCGAGGCGCCGAAGCCUCCUCCCCGAGCCCGCUUGCCGGAGGGGGACACUCAGGGGUCCGACUACAUGGAACUGGGCGGGGGGAGCAAGAGCUUCGCGAAGCCGCGCAUCCGCUACCCAGAUUUCAAAGAUCUCGACAAAGGCCUGCAGUACAAGGACGCUAAGGUCGGCGCGGGGAGGGCUGUCACGGAUGGGGACAGGGUUGUCUUCGACUGGGACGGGUACACAAUCGGGUACAACGGAAACCUGUUCGAGACUAACAAGGGGCCGAAGGGGGGGGACUUCGACAAGGACAAGGACUCGUCCCGUUUCGUGGUCGGCAGCGGUACCAUCAUCCCGGGGCUGGAGGAGGGCAUCAAGGGAAUGCAAGCCGGGGGCGUGCGGCAGAUUGUGGUGCCGCCUGAGCUCGGAUACCCCGAGGGCGACCGGAAGCACGACAGGGUGGGACCGAAGCCGUCCACAUUUUCGGGCACCCGCGCGCUGGACUUCGUGCUCAGCAACCCGGGGUACAUCGACAAGACGCUGCUCUUCACCGUCAAGGUUGUUCGCGUGGACAAGCCGGGAGACAGGGCCUCCCGCUCCGGAAAGUAG